AUGGACGACGAGGACACCCAUUUGCUGGCGCAGCUUAGAGUGUUGUGUCGAGAGGAAUCAGUCGCUGAGGCACGCGGCGAGCUUGCUCACCUGAUUCAAGCUGGACUCCCCCCUAAACCGCCCAAGAUUAGUAAACUGCUGCACUUGGCCCUGAGAAGGGAUGUCUGGGCGCUGCAAGCGUGCAGGCCUGCAUUUGGCAUCUCCCAAGUGCCACCAAGUUUGCAACUUUUCAGAUCCUUUGAUAAAGUGCUAACAGAUUGCUUGAAAGACGUUGUGCGCCGCACGGAGCAGAAAUCUAGAGGACUUCCGCUCCAUAGCUUGGCGGGUCCGUGGGAAGGAGGUCACGAAGCCGCGGCGGUCGAGAACGCCAGGCCCGGUGGCAGCUGCGCCCAAGCCUUUGCAGCUUGGAACGCCCAAGGUGCCUUUGGCCGCUCGGCCAAUGAAGCAAGGAACGUUGACAGGAUGCUACAUUUUGCGGCACAAUUGUUGCACGCAGAAGUGACAAUCGCAGUGGUGGCUGAACCCAAGCUCGGGGAGCACGCAUCUUGGCCUAGCUGCACGGGGUUUAAGUUUUUUGGACUGCACACUCAUGAUCCGGCAUCAGUGGCGGUUCUUGUGCACGAGGCAGUCGCUCACGCCGUUUCAGUUUUGAGUGACUAUGGUGAUGAGUGCGCUUCCUGGGUUGCAGUAGAGGGCCAGCCAAUGGUGCUCCUGCUUGCUGUGUAUGGUCCCCACACAGGGCAUCCCAACCAGUUCAGACAAGAAUUUUGGUAUAAACGCCUCAGGGAAUACCACAGCAUCCGUUGCUUAGAGCGAUACAAAGACUGCCCGCUGACGAUUCUUGGAGAUACCAAUUUGCAUUUCCCGUUUUUAGGACCCACUAACCAAAGGAUGGCCAGGCCUCUUGACAGGCAAAUUCUGUCCCUCUUUGAAAGCCCAGCCGCCUUUCACACAACCAUUAGGAAUCUCCCCUCGGUUGCAACCCAUGCGUCUGGAUCAGUGAUUGAUCUGGUCGCCGCUCAAGAAAGCCUGAGCAUGGACCUUGAAGUAACCUGGCUGCAAGAGGAUGAGCUGCGAAGUGACCACGCCUUCGUGGUGUGCAGAUGCCGAUCCGCAUCUAUCCCCCUCUUACAGUCCCAGCAUGUAGGGGUUGCCCGGUGGGGUUUGGGCGCCGCGUGGGACGAAGCUACAGAUGCUGUCAAGAGCUCCCUCUCCUUUGCUUCUGCCUGGGCAGCCUGCGCCCUGGGUGACACUAGCUUAAGAGAUUGGGUAAGCCAAGGUAAGUUUAAGAGGGCGCGUCUAAACCUGCUGGACAGAGUUGUCUGGUGGCGGUCCGUGCUGCUAACUUUAGCAGGACACUUCAAGGGCCUGGUUUGGCUUCAGGGAACUAGGCAACCAAAGGACUUGGCGCAAGAACUUUGGCCUUUUAUGGCAGCAGAUUUGGAGGAAGAAGGAGGCUCCGAAGCGGCUGAAGAUCUGCUCGCCAGACUCAAAUCUAGCCUGCACGAAGAGAAGGUUGCUAGAUUUACCAAGCUUUCCGCCUCAAAUCAGCAGGAAGCGCAGGCGUACCUUUCGCGCCUCCUGAAACCAAAAGAACAGCUGCAGACAAAGUUGUGCGAAAAGGGAACCGGAAGGCCACUCUCAGAUUUCGAAACCCUGGCAGCGAUUGCCGACGAUGUAAUCGCCAGAGGACACGCCGGCCAUGAAGGGGUUCCUGCCUUCGACGCUUGCAUUCAGUCCAUGGUAGCACAGGCCAGAACCACCGCACUGGCUUCCUCAUUGAAAGCAGUUGUGGCAGGAUCGGAAGCGGGGCGAGCCCUAACUUGGGCCAUCAUCAACCUAAUCUUCUUCAUCGGCCUGGUGGUGACCAAGCAAGAGUGCUUGCGCCCGAUUUGUUACGUCUCAGACCUUGAAGGGGCCUUCGACAUGGUUUGGCUGCACCUGCAUAAGCAACUCUUGAUUGACUACGCAGGGUCGGAGCAGGUGGGUGGUCAGACCGACCCCGUGCUAGUAAGCAUCGGGUUCCUGAUCUCCCUACGCUCGCGCCUGAACAGCGGACUCCCCAGUCUGCUAAUGAAGGCCGACCUGCUCCAAGGCUAUGAUCUGGCCUGGAGAGACUGGCCCGAGACUUUGACACUGCCAAUCUUAGACGGGGAGCAAAUCCGUCCUGUCCAACAGUUAGAAGUACUGGGCACCUCCCUGGACAAGAGCCUCUCACUUGAAGCAGGGCUGUCGGCCUUGGGGCAGCGCCUCCACGAUGCAGGUAUCGCUAACCUCUCGCUGGGAGACGGGGGCUACAGUCUGAUGCUUACGUGGCUUGGUUACCAAUGGCGACUCAGUGCCAAAGUGGGCCUCCGCAUCGUCACUGCUCUGGCACGCCUGCUGACCUUGCCACCCCACUCGCUUCUGCACGAAGUGGUUAGGGCGGCAGCUGGCGUCACGGGUGAGACAUGGGUUGAGUCUGCUCGCGGAGUGGCAAGAUCUUUCGGUGUCGAGACGAUACCGUCUUGGGAGACGCUUCCAAGCACAGUUUUUGCAAAGGCAGAUGUCAAACUGUUCAUCCAAAAUUGGAAACGUGCCUGUGUUAUACCAGCAAUCAGUGCAAAAGAGCGCCUUUGGCAACAGGAGGCUCGCAGCAAGUGGCCUAGGAACCCUCCCGCCGAGCUGCGACAAGCCCUGAGCCUCACAAGGGGCACGCUUUGGACGCCCAGACUGGCUAGGGCCUGCAAAGCUUGGUUCCUGGCACUCUUGACCGGUAGGAUUUUCCUAGGGGGGUGGCAUAGAGGAGACACACGACCGGACUCGGACCAGCGCUGCUGGCUCUGCGAGAGCCGAGUGACAGACCUCUGCGACCACCUGGAGUCGCAAUGCGAAGUGGUGGAGAGGGUGACUGCCUCGGCGGGGUUGCAGCGUCCAGGUCUUUUCUCAUUGCCCGAGGACGCACCGCGUCUUAGGAGGCGCAUUGAAACCUUGGACUGCAUCAUGACCGCCAAACAGGACUAA